AAUUCAUACAGUCAGGCAAUUGUACACUAAAAGUAGUAAUUCUUUUGUUUUCAAUUUCUGUCAAAUGAAAGCAAUUCGUAAGGUACAUUUUUACCUCAAAUUUGAAAAAUCCCCAAUAUUUCAACGAAUGAAACUACUACCAUGUUGUGAAAAGUGUUAUGCAAAAUCAAAAUAAAGUGGGCUUACUCAAGCAAGGCAUUGGGUUGCUUCGGGACAAACAACACAUGCUAAAAACGGUCACAAUAAUCAUCUUCAUAUUUUCAGUGUUAAACCAUGUAGCUAAGAAAACAGAUGGGAUGUUGUGGUUAACAGAAACACACUUGGCAGCAGUUGCUCUGUAUGAAGGUGUGCAAAGGAGAGAGAAGAAAGAGGCAACAGUGCAACACAAUGGAUGCCAAGUGCUAGAAAACACCAGAGAGGAAGAACAACAAGAAGAAUUGUCAUUAAAAUCAAAGUAACUUAAUGUUGAGAAACACUUUGGUCGCCCGGGCACACAAACAAGUGAAAUGCAGUAUAAGCUGUGAAUAAUGUCAGAGCAAGAAUUGAAUGAAAUCGUGCAAAUAACCGUGGAGGACUUUGACCAGGAUGGCCGUACAGCACAAGAUUUGCUGGAGAACAAAGAAAAUGAUGAAGACAAGCCUCUGAAGAAAAAGAGGAAAUUAAGCAUCAGCCAAGAGAACAACGGCAACAACCAAGACAUACAUUUUAUUAAGAAUCUGUUGGUUUCAUUCACUGCAUCAAUCAGUCAGCGGCUGGAGGGAAUUGAGUCAAAGUUAGAGGCUCUGGAUGCCACAUGCAAAGCCCUUGGACGCAAACUGGACAGCAUGGUUUCCUGUGCUAAGAGUCCUGUCCAGGUUCCUAUGGUUGCAGGCUCACCGCAGGGAGCCACUCAAACGUGGAACAAAGUGCGAUGUGUUGUGCCACAAACAAACGUGAUAGUAAGUAGUGAAAACCUGAAGGAUUCUAGCCAAGAGGACACACCACUGGAGAAUCUGCUUAGCAACGCUGUGAACAGACGGCGACAGAACACAAUCCUGGUAAAGGUUCCGGGCCCUGAAGGGAGCCAGGAUGAUCAGGAUAGCGGUUCAGAGGCCAGUGACACCAUCUCCAAUGGCGGUCAUUCCAGCAACGCACAAAAUGGCCCAAACGUCACACUCAUCACACUUAAUUCAGAAGAGGAUUUCCCCGAAGGCACCUGGUUGGGGGAUGACACCAACUCGGAGUUGAGAGUGCGUUGUCCAGUGUCUCCAGCCGACAUGCUCCACAUCAGCACAAACUGCCGUACACCAGAGAAAAUGGCACUGACUCUGUUGGACUACCUUUUCCACCGGGAGGUCCAAGCCAUGUCAAAUCUAUCUGGACAAGGCAAACAUGGCAAAAAACAGCUGGACCCACUCAUGAUCUAUGGAAUUCGCUGUCACUUGUUUCACAAAUUUUCCAUCAGCGAGUCAGACUGGUACCGAAUUAAGCAGAGCAUUGACUCCAAGUGUCGCACGGCCUGGAGACGCAAGCAGCGCGGCCAGAGUCUGGCUGUCAAGAGCUUCUCCAAACGCACACCUCGCAGUUCAGUCACAGAGGACGGCAUGACAGAAGAAGCCGCCCACAUUGAGACAUCCACCCCACAAACCUUGCACUACACGCUGGCUAAUCAGCAGGUCCAGUUCCACCGAAUUGGCGAAGAUGGGCAAGUUCAGGUGAUUCCACAGGGUCAGUUGCACAUUGCCCAGGUGCCACAAGGAGAGGAGGUGCAGAUCACACAGGACAGUGAGGGAAACCUCCAGAUCCACCAGGUACAUGUUGGUCAGGAUGGACAGGUGCUGCGUGGGGCUCAGCUGAUAGCGGUGGCAUCAGCUGAUGGAGGGGCCACGGCAGUAGAGGGCUCCACUCUUCCCCCUGACAUCCAAGUGCAGUAUGUCCAACUAGCCCCCGUCACAGAUCACACCGCUGCAGUACAGGCUGCUGAGCUGGCUCCAGCCCUGCAGGCAGACAUGGAGGUGAAAGAGGCCAUCCAGGGCACCAUCCAGGGCGAGAACGGUGAGGUGGUCCAGAUUGUCACCACCUGAGAGGCCACAGCUCAGCCCAGAACUCCCCCCUCCAGCACGGCCUGAUGAGGCUCAACGCCAACAUAGGAGGUCAACAACUUUCAACAGUCUGAGAAGUCACGUCAGAACUUUUUUUGUUUCCCAAGCAAACACUGAAGGUCAUUGCUAAAUUGUAUGGGAGAAGCGUUUUUUGCAGUUUUGUUUUUUGGUUUUCAUCUGCAAUUGCUCAGCUCAUUGCCAACCAGAUGUUGCAACAUGGAGAUAUUCACAAAGAAAAGACUUGAAAAGACUACAAUGCUCCGAAAUCCACUUUGUUCUUUUUGGUGCUUUCACCACCAGAAUGGACUUGGAACACAACAGUACACACCAUGGGAUUAUGGUCUAUCCAGGGAGGAGACCAUCAGCCCCGUUACUUAAUCAGCACACAAUUGUUUACGUCAACCAUAGAAAAUAGUGGAGUUAAGUUAUUUGGACUUAAGCUACUUGGCUAACACUGAAAGCCCCUGCAAGAGUUUGUAAAACCUCAGAAUCUCUCGUCUUUUCUCAUCAGUUGUGUGGCCGCAGGUGUCUGCAGUGGAACACAAUAUUGAGACGAGGACAGCUACUAUUGUUUGUGAUUAAUCUGGCUCCCUGUCACUCUCCAUAAAUGAGCACACACUCUGUCUCCUGGCUGUGAACCUCUCUCCUCCUUUAACUUUGGUUCAGCUUGUUUUCAUGUUACUUUAACCACACAGCUUUGUUCCAUUUACCUAAUUGUAUCAUGCUAUAAUUUUGGGGGGAGCUUUCAUUUCAGAGGUAGAAGACCAUGACACAGAGAGAGAUGGUGCCAGUGGUAGACAGUCGUCCCCCCCCCCCCCA